CUCAAGUCGCCGCUUCAUAAAAACGAGCGAGCCUAGGGAAUUGUGUAGUGGCAUCAUCAGCGCAGCCACAGAACGAGCAUGGCGUCGCUUGGUCCCAAGACUGCGCUCGACGAGCACCGCUCGGGCGACGAUGGCCGGACCACGCCGCGCGCCUCGUCUCGCACGGGGAAAGCGCCAGCAGCAGUUGGCGCCAAGCUGCACCCGGCGCACCAGCGGCUGGCGCCGACUAAGAGCAGCAUCCCGCGCCCGUACUUCUUAAACUACCAAGGCCAAGGCGCCGCGGCGCCGCCGCCCGAGGCUGGCUGGCAUCCGACGGUACAGCACAACUUUCGCGGCAUUGCACACGAUUCGCCUCUGUACGCGCGGAAACCGGCCGUCAUUGCCCAGACCCGCGCCUUCUUUGGUGACGACGAGUCGCCACCGCGCGCAACCAACGACGCAACCUUGCCGCCGUCGUCCCGCGCCUUGACAACGAGCGAUCUCUCGACGACCGUGGACCAAGCGGCGUUGGCGUCGGCGGUCGACGACGGUGACAUUUUGCUGACAAGUGGCCCGAUGCUACCGCGCGGCCGCACGCUGCCACCGGCACUGAAUACAAGCGACUUAGACUCGCCAAUGGCCUCGUCGACGGCGUCGACCGCCUCGACGGGCCCGCGGGCGCCGAAGACGCCGUCUGGCACGAUCGGCGACGACGGCCUCACUGCGUCGCAAAAGGUUCGCAUCGGUCUCUCUGGGCUGCUGCUGACGUCCGAAGCCUUUCGCAACUCGACGGGCAUCAACACGAGCGGGCGGUCCUUGCGCGACGCGAGCCCGGGACGGACGCGUGCGCUCAACUUGAGCUCGGCGCCCAUCAGUCCCGCAAGCAGCCGGACGUCGAGUCAGGGCUCGUCCCGCUCGGUGCGCACCGAGGCGCUCGUCGCCAAGCUCAUUCCUACAAAGAACAGCGUGCAGGGCCUCAUUGGGUACAUCAAGGAGCUGCAGUCGUCGGAAGCGUCGUUGCGAACGCACUUGGACACGAUCAAGACCAAGGCCCAGGAAGACCUCGCGGCUUCGUACGGCAAAGUCAACAACCUCGAGUCGAGCAUGCGCGUCAUUGAGAACGAGCGGCUGCGCAACGCGAUGGAGCUCGAGCGCAAGGCGCGCGAGAUUGACGCGCUCCAAGAAAAGAUCCGCGCGCUGCGCAAAGCGAUGGAGGGCCAGAUCCCGUCGACGAUGCUCAGUCAGCUCACGCCGCUCGGCUCGCCCGAGACAGGGACUGCCGCGUUUGAUGGCUUUACGUUUGAGGAGUCGCCCACCCAUGCCAAGGACCCCAGCAGCGAUGGUGGUCCGGCGACGCCCACCGCCAUCACACUGGAGACCUCGGCUCCUCCGAGCCCCAGUCCACCGUCACCCAAGGCGGUGCUUGAUGCGUUUGCGCCAACGCGGCCGCCAGCUCCGUUUGUCAUGACGAGCGACGCGUUUGCACAAGACCCGCCGGUGGUGCUGAGUGCGCAGACGUCGCCGAGGACGCCGAGCGAAGACGUCGCCCGCGCCUUGACGUCGUGCUUGCCGCGCACCCAGACGUCGUCGCCGAGGCUCAAGGCGGCUCCUGUCGCACCGACUGUCGAGUAUCCCCCUGCGCCGAUUUUGACGCUACCCUCGGUGGCCCCGCUGCCUCGCGCCACGCCUUUUGUGCCGCCCGCCACCAGCACCACGCCACCGACUGUCGUUUCUCCCCAUCCAGCUGCGCAGUCGCCACAGUCGCGCUCCGUGGCCCGCCCGCCGCUGCACCCGUCGUCGACGUCCCCGACCAACAAUACGCCGCAGACAUCGAGAAGCAUCGCUGCGAGGUCGCCGCCGACGUCGCCGUCUGCUGGUGAAGGGCAGACACUAUCGCAACUGCUCACGGACUUCUACAAGUCGCACCAGCCCGACAAGCUCAAGGACGUCAAGCACAUUGUCAAGACCUAUACGGGCAAGGAGCACGACUUGCUGCAGCUCCUUCAAGUCAAGUACGGUGCCCGAAGCAUCCAAAAGCUCGCCGCCGGGCUUGCCAUCGUGCCUCUGCCCCGAGGUGCAACGCCUCUGUCGACGGCAACAAAUGAAUGGUUUCCGAUUCGGUUGCUCGCAGCGGCGUCGGCCAUGGGCUGUCUUGGUCUCGUCUGGUGCGGUGCAGCGUCGCACCUCGACUGCACGUCGGUGACCCCUGUCUCACCCGCGUACUGCGCGCGCUGGACGGCGACCACCGAUGCGUUCUGGGCCCGCGCCGACACGGACACGGCGUGGGACGUCCUGGCACUCCUCCCUGCUGCCCGCGAGACGGUGGCUGCCGUCACGAGCGGCGUAUGGGGCAACUCGGUCGACCGCAGCGCCCGCGCAUGGCGCCACGUUCAGUCGAUGGACAUGCCCACAAUGACGACCGCGCUUCAGGAUGGCGCGCAGGCGUUCCAAGCGCUCGUGACAGGGUCGUCAACGGCGCAAUGUACCACCAAGAAGACGAGCCUCCCCGAGACGCUGGUCGUCCCCGGCGGCGGUACGUUGCACCGCGCGUCGAUGGACCCCGUGGUGUUUGCCGUCCACGCUUCGCUCAACGAGGUCGAUGCGCUCGCUGUCCGUGAGAUGCAGUGGCUAUAAGCCCCUCUUCUUGUGAAUUCAUUGUGCUUUGCUAUUUA